UAAUUUGGAGUUCCGAACGUCAACACAGACAGCUGAUCACCGCUUCGCUCUCAGCCACCUUGCCUCCUUGUGCCCUUUAAAACUCAAUUAUCUCUCUUAAUACAGCUUCCCCAAGUACCAAAUUAGGAGGAAAUAUAGAUCACACACAAACACACACACACACACACACACAUACAUACACACACACACAAUGAAGGCAAAAGUGGCACUGGUGGUGGUGAUUGGGCUGAGCUGCCUGGUGAGUCAGGUGAGGCUGGACACUGCCAAGCCCUCGGGGGACAGCAAGGACAGUGACAAGAACAAGGAGAGUCUGAAGGCCACCAAGCUGCCACCCUGUGCUGCCUGUAGAGUCCUCACUGAGUCUUUCAACAAGGGGAUCGAGUCAACAGCACGAGGGAAGUAUGAGGGAGGAGACUCAGCGUGGGAGGAGGAGAAGAAGCUGUCAUACAAAAAGUCGGAAGUGAGGUUAAUUGAGAUCCAGGAGAAGCUGUGCAAGGAUGUAGAGAGAGGCCAGAAACAGUGUGAAUCGAAUGCAGAAGAACACGAGGGCUUGCUGGAGGAUUGGUGGUUCAGGGAGCAGGAGAAGGAGCCGGACCUUCACUCCUGGCUGUGUGUAGAGACCCUCAGAGUGUGCUGCCCCCCCAACCACUACGGACCCCAGUGCUUACCUUGCAAGGGAGGCACUGAGAAUCCUUGUGGGGGCAACGGCAAAUGCAAGGGAGCAGGGACGAGGAAGGGGAGCGGGGAGUGUUCCUGCAACCCGGGCUACGAGGGGGAGCUGUGUGACACCUGCUCCUAUGGGUACUACCAGGCCUACCGUGAUGACACCAAGAACCUGUGUGAGAAGUGCCACAAGGCUUGCAAUGGCCCAUGCAGUGGGCCAGGGCAGAAGUCAUGUGUGGCGUGUCAGGAGGGCUGGAUCAUGGACACGGAGAAGGGUUGCCUGGACAUCAAUGAGUGUGCGGCUGCCAAGUCUCCCUGUAAACGCAACCAAUUCUGCGUCAACAACGAAGGCACCUACACUUGUUUGGAGUGUGACAAGGCGUGUGACGGCUGCAACGGAGAUGGGCCAGACAUGUGUGAGAGAUGUGCCGAGGGAUUCAUCUUAGAGAAGGACAUGUGUGUAGACAACAGUGCGAAGGCCCGCGAGAAACACAUGACGUUUGCUCGUUACGUCACUUACGGCGGCCUGACCCUCGCCACCUGCAUCAUUCUGCAGAAGAACACAAUUAUUGCUGCCAUCGUUGGCCUUAGCGUGGCUGUUUACAUCAGCUUCUCAGAGUACUACCUCAGGGAUACCACCGCACCCCCUGUCUCCCCUGAACUGCCGUCAUCCUUCCUGUCGUCCCUACAGGGCAUGAUGACCAACUAGACACAGAGUGAAGGCUGCCUCAUUCUAAUGGACUAUCUUGUGUUCUGUUCCAAGCCCGACUCAUUCUUAAGCCAAGCAGAGAAAUGUCUUGUUUUAGGUUUUCAGCAGACUGUCUCCUCCUUGUACUUUUCUAAUCCUGACUUACUCUCAAGCUGGUCUGUGAAAGGCUUGAUUUUAGGUUUUCAACGGUCUGGCUUCCCUUGUGUCCUCCCCCAAAUCCAACACAUUCUUAAUCCAGUCAGAGAAAGAUUUAAUUUCAGGUUUCCACAGACUUUUUCCUCCUUUGUUCUUUUCCAGUCCUGACGCAUUCUUGAUCCAGUUAGUUAAAAGUUUAACAUUGGGUUUUCGACAGACUGCUUCUCCUUUCCCUCCCUCCUCAACUGGUCCAUUAGAAUGAGUGUGUGUUUGGGUUGUAGGGGAGCAGAUGAUAAUGUUGGACGAAAGAUCUGGAUGUAGCAAUUUCUACGUGGGUCUGAUUCUUCUAAAACCUCACCUCUCUUCUCUCUUGGGCAGUAAGGGGACAGUAUGCUAGAUUUAAUGGCUGGUGUGAAUUACCUGCUUUCAUUCAGUCUCUGUAUUUAUAAGGUUUAUACCAUGAGCUGUGCAGAUGUUGGGAGCAUGUCUGUGUGUGUGAGACGUUCAUAAGGUUUAGGUGUGUUCCCUCUGUCACAAUUUGAAUAUUUUGAGCUGAAUUUUGCAUUUUCAGUGUAAUACUUACCCUGCAGUUAAUGGCUAGUAAUAGUAAUAGUAUUUCUGUAGCAUAUACUGAUGCUGAUUACUUUGGCAUUCAUUUGAGAGGUGAAAGGCUUUGUAUAACCUCAUAGAUAGUGCUGAGGUUUAUAAUACUUAUGAAUGCUUUGCUGAUCAUUUUGGCAUAUAGAUUGACAGAUAGAUUACUGUGGCAUUCAUUUGAGAGACCAGAGGCUUUGUAGUCAUAGCUGAGCAUUUUCUUUUUCAUUGCUGAAGUUUGCAUUAGGUAUUGUUGUCUUGAUCAUUUUGGCAAUAGAUAGAUUACUUUGGCACUCAUUUAAGAAUAGACAGGCUUUGUAUGACCUCAUAAUCAGUGCCGAACGUUUUAUUUCUAAACACUGAAGUGCGCAUCACGUAUGAACACGUACCACGGUUGUACAGAAACACUUCACAGUACACUUGUAACCACCACUUCAUGUCCAAGGGGUCCCAUCAGGCAAAGGCGUGGGUAGUGUUUCCGAGAACCAUAUCAUUACUUUGACUGAGGAGUGAUUUUAUACCUUGACUUGUAGCAUCACAACCUCUCUCCUCUGUGGCGGAAACACUGCACUUCUCUGACUGGGACCUUUCUUAUUCUUGUGUUCACUUGCGAGUGUUGUGGAAAAGUACGAGGAUUUGUACGUAUCUGUGUAGUGUUGCCAGAAGUGUUAAUGAUACAAGGGCCAGUGUGUUUAUUGUUUGUAUAGGAAUUGAUAUAUUGAUUAAUGAAUUGCUUGAUAUGAAGAGCUCCACCAAAAUAGUAGGAAAAUCAAUGCCAUCCUCUCAUACCUAAAUUUUAAGCCAUGAUAUGAAAAACAGAUGAGUGUUGGAUGCAUUCACUACAGUUCUCUUCUCAUGGGCUCCAAAACAAUUAUAGGAAAAUAGAUACAAUAUUGUCAUGAUAAAAUGGACAGGUGUAGAGUCCAAUACAGGUAGAAGAAUAUGAAAGCCCUUUUAAAAUGACAAGGUAGAGACGAACAUACAACCUCUCAUCAGAUCUAAGCUUAUGUUACAGUAGAUAGACUUAGAAUGUAGUACAAGACAGGGACAGGCACAGAUACAAGAAAGCUCUUUUAAACUUGACAAGGUGGAAGAUGAAAGCAUUAGAAUUUUUAGACAUGAUAGGUUUGAAUGUUUAAAAGUUUUUCUGAGUUUGGUAAUAGUAAGUUUAGGUUCGUAUGUUUGGAUGUUUGCAGACUUUGGUUGGAUGUGUUCAGGCAUUUGAUGAUUAAGGUAUACCAAGGUUCCAUUGUGAUAUUGUGUUGUACUCUUGCACAAAAUAUGUCUCGAAUUCCAGUACAGUUUCUUUUUGUUGCAACUGUACGCCUCUAGUCAUUAGAUUUUAUGUACUCUUGCAUUGCCAGUUUUAUGCUUUGAAUAGCGCUUAAGUUUCAUAGGAAGCAGAUUUUGUUUGGAAAAUUUGCUGAUGUAUUUGAGCUGUUUUGUAGGGGAGAGGAAAUGAAGAGAAGGAUUAAUUUUGCAGGUGAAGUUUAGAAGUGAAAAUAUUGUUGAUUCUAUUGGGGAAGUUUAAUCUUUGAAUAAUUUUGUAAAUGAGAAGAAAUGAGGAGAAAUAUUUGCUGGUAAAAUUUAGAGGCAAAGAUACUGUUGAUUUUGUUUGGAAAGUUUGGUAAUAUCUCUGAAUAGUUUUGAGGGGGAAAGGAAACCAGUGGAAAAAUUUUGCUGGUAAAGUUUAAAGGUAGAAAUACUUUAGAUAUUGUUUGGAAAGUUUGCUAAUCACAUUUUGUUGCUAAGUUUAUCAACACCUUACCAAUAAUUCUGAAAUAAAAAAAAAAUCUGAAAGAAUAAUAUUUCAACAAUUUCACAAAAACCUGACAGUAGUUUAUGGGCAGAGGAAAAGUGAAACAGUACAUUUUGUAGGAAAGUUUAAAGUUUAUCAGUAUCUUACCAAUAGUUUUGAGAUAAGAAAAAAAAAACUCAGAAAGAAUAAUUUACCAAUAAUUUAAAGAUCUGACUGUAGUUUAGCAGCAGAGAGAAUCAAGAGGAAGAGUUAAUUUUGUAUUAAAGUCUUACAAAGAUCUGAGAAAUAACUUAGAGGUACAGAAAACCUACACAAUAAUGCUCAAAAAAGAGACAUUAGUACAAUUGUAGAGGCAGCAUUAAAAAUAUGUGAUUAUGGUAAUUCAGAGCAGUGGUGUUGAAUUUACAUAGAUUACAUAGGAGAGUCAAGGAUGUUAUUAGAUUACACAGAAAAGGUUUAGCAGAUUAUCUAGAUUAUGUAGAAAAAGCAAAGUAAAUUAUAUAGAUUAUGAAGGGUCAAGCUAAUUAGAUUACAUAAGAAGGGUUAAGCAGAUUACCUAGAUUACAUAGAAAAGUCAAAGGAAAUCAUGUAAAUUAUGAAGGGUCAAGGAAAAUAGAUUAUAUAGAGAAGUCAAAAAAUACCUAGAUUACUUAGAAAGGAUUAAGCAAACUACUUAGAUUUUAUAGAAAGGGUCAAAAGGAAGUUACCUAGAUUACAUAGGAAAGGUCAGGCAGAUUAUAUAAAACUCGCAAGUAUAGUAUUUUUACACCAAUUACAGUAGUUGUCAGUUAUAUUUAGAAACUCCUUAAUUAUUCCAGAGCAUCAAUUGUUUACGAGUGUGUAAAAAAAAAAUGCUGUUGAGGUGAAAG